AUGCCAUACCUGAAUCACUCCAGCCCCUCGUCCUUCAUCCUGACAGGCAUCCCAGGUCUGGAGGUGGCUCACUUCUGGAUUGCCUUCCCAUUCUGCACUAUGUACUUCAUGGCAGUGCUGGGGAACAUCACAGUUCUCCUGAUGGUUAUGAUGGAACAGAAUCUGCACCUGCCCAUGUUUUACUUCCUCUCCAUGCUGGCUGCCAUUGACCUCGUGCUCACCACUUCCACCAUGCCCAAGCUCCUCAGCAUUUUCUGGUUUCACUCCCAUGAGAUUGUCUUUGAGAGCUGUGUGGUCCAGAUGUUCUUCAUCCAUGGCUUCUCCGCAGUGGAGUCAGGAGUUCUGCUCGCCAUGGCUUUUGACCGCUACUUGGCCAUCUGCAGGCCCUUGCACUAUUCUGCCAUCCUGAGCAGCUCCACCAUUGCCAAGCUGUUCUUGGCUGCUGUGGUGCGUGGUUUUGGCCUCAUGACUCCUCUGACAUGUAUGGUGAGCAGCCUGUCCUACUGUGGUCCCCGUGUCAUUGCCCACUCCUACUGCGAGCACAUGUCCGUGGUGAAGCUAGCCUGUGGGGACACCCGACCCAACAACAUCUAUGGGAUCACAGCUGCUACUGUCGUGGUGGGCUCAGACUCUAUCCUCAUCGCCAUCUCCUACAUGCUGAUCCUGAGGGCGGUCAUGGGCCUUUCCUCCAAAGAGGCUCGCCUGAAAUCCUUCGGUACCUGCAGCUCCCACAUCUGUGUCAUCCUGCUCUUCUACACACCAGCUCUCUUCUCCUUCUAUGCACAGCGCUGGGGCCAGAGCAUCCCUGUGCACCUUCACAUCCUCAUGGCAGACCUCUACCUGCUGGUGCCUCCCAUGCUCAACCCUCUCAUCUAUGGGAUGAGGGCUGAGCCAAUCCGGGAGCGGGUGCUGAACCUGAUUGGGCAAAAAGGGUCUUGA